AAGACGGUGGACUUGGGCUUCGGCUUCGUCUUCGGCUUCGGCUUGGGCGGUUACACACAUGCUUCCUUGCCAUUAUAUCUGUCACAUGUUUUAUAUAUUGUGAGCUCUGCCUCAACAAUUCGUAUGCUUUUUUUGCCUUGCGUCUUGGCUCCACAUAUCCAUUACACCUUACAAUGCCUCAUACUUCAAAAAAGAAUAGAUAUACGUUCGAUAUCGAUUUGACACUCCCAUUCCCUUGUCUAUUUUACGGUUAAUUCACGGAUAGAUUUGGUUCGUUUUGUUCUGCAGGAGUGGUUUUGCAGUAGAUGGAAAACAAGUAUCGUACGCAGAGAUGAUGACGGAUGAUGUACUAACUUCUAGAGAAGAACGAUGCUUCCGGCUCUGGAUAAAUAGUCUUGGCAUUGUUUCUUACGUUAAUAAUGUAUUUGAGGACGUCAGGAACGGAUGGAUACUCUUAGAAGCGCUCGACAAAGUUUCUCCAGGGUCGGUUAACUGGAAGCAUGCAUCAAAACCUCCUAUCAAGAUGCCUUUUAAAAAAGUUGAAAAUUGCAAUCAAGUUAUCCGGAUCGGGAAGCAGUUGAAGUUUUCGUUGGUUAACGUGGCUGGAAACGAUAUCGUACAAGGAAACAAGAAGCUCAUCCUUGGUAAUCCUCAUUCAUGCAUUUUAUAGCUUCCUCGCUCGAACGUCCACUGUGUAGCUCGGUUCCACAUCUUGCACCGUCUUGAAUGGAUAGUUGAGAAACACUAGUCGUUUAUCAAGCUUCCUUGGUAUGAUUGACGCGUUAUAUUUUCUCG